GUUCCAUAAUCUUUCAUCUUUGGGCAUCCCAAGUAUUGGGUAAGGUUGGUGAUGGUUAGUGUUACAUACUUAAUAUGUAGUUCACAUCACACGACUAGGCAAAUGGUGAGAUAAGUAGUGCUUCCGAUAUUGUCAUGAGUAACCCCCCUCUCUCAUUCUCAUUUCCGUGCAUCCAGAUGAACUGCAACCAGGAAGUCUUCUCAGAAUGUCUUCAACGUCACAGAACCUUUUAGAUCUACUACGAACCCUAUCCACGGUUGACUGCGAUACCUUGGAUGUUGAAGUUGCCAAACAAUUAGGCCCAUUUGUCGAUUGUACUUCUAAUCAGGCAAUUGCGUAUAAUGAACUCACUAAGACCGAUGUCGAAGACAAUCUGAUAAACCAGCGACUUAUCACGGAUUCCAUUGCCUACGCGAAAUCCAAGACGAAUGAUUUCGCAGACGUCGACGUUAAAGAAGUGGCCGUUGAGGCAGCGACAGUCAAAUUAGCUCACAGCAUUGCCCCUUACCUGACAGGAUAUUCUCAUGUUCAGACGAACCCCAAGUACUCGUUUGACACACAAAAGACUCUAGCAAAUGCUCUGCGGUUUGUCGCAAUUUCAAGAGAUCUCGAUCCGGGCUUUGACGUUAAAAGGUUGUGCGUUAAGAUCCCCACAACAUGGGAGGGUGUCCAAGCUUGCAAAGAACUGGAAAAACAAGGCAUUGCCACUCUUGCGACUGCUGUCAAUUCCAUACCGCAAUCUAUUCUAGCUUCAAAUUUUGGAUGCACUUACAUCGGCCUGUAUAUCAAUGAUCUCCGAGUUCACUUCGAUGCGUCAUACGUGGAUGAGAAUAAAGGUUUCCAUGUUGGUAAUUCGGCCCAAAGAUUCUAUGGAAAGCAUGGACAGCGUACGCAAGUCCUUGCAGCUAGCCUUACCUCGAUUCAAGAGGUGAUGAUGCUUGCGGGUGUUGCUCAUAUCACCGUAUCCCCGCCUUUACUCUAUGAACUUUCCAAAACACCUGCGAAUACUUGGAAAGGGGACGUGGGCUCGGUUUUUAAGACCGCAUCAUCAGAAGCACAAGAUAUAGAUGCUGUCAACACCGAAGACGAAUCGACCUGGCGCCUGGCUUUCAGUAAGGAUAAAGAUGGGAAGAGUGAAACAAAAUUAAAUGAUGCUAUUUCGUUAUUUACAGAUAAACAAGACGCCCUGGAGAGUCUCAUAGCCUCCUAUCUUUGAGCUUCCCGCUCGGGAUAUAAAGAGCUUCAAAAUUUCAGAAGCUGUACCUAUCAGCAGCUAGAAAAUGAAAAGGAGUCUUCCGUUUCUCGGUGCAUAGCGGUACCAGCAGAAUAAUCCCAUAUUUUCAUAUGCUGACCGAGAAGAAAACGGAAGUGGUACACCUACGCUUUGCUGCAUCUCACGGCACGCGCACGUGUUAUAAUUUAUUAGGUAAUCUUAGGAAAUUGAAAAGUUAGAAUUUGCUGCCUA